CCAUUUACAAGAUAUUUGGAGACCAUACAAUUGGUUCCCCUUAGGCCUUAGCCAUUUGUCACUUCUUGAUCAUCUCAUGGUGGAUUCAAGAUGCAUUGCUUCAUCUUCCUUUUCACAUUUACGUCUUCAAAUCCAGAGACAUACAGAAUCAUAUCCACCAAAGGCAAGAAAUCAAGAAAUGAACCCAACAAUAGUUGGUUUCAGAACAAGCAACUAUUUGUGCCACCUCGAACAGCAAAAACCAGUGAUUACAAGGAGGUCUUAUGUUAGAAAGGCCAAGAAAUGCAUCUGCUCAAUUGAAGUAGCUGAGAAGAAGAAGAAGGGUACUAUUGCUGGUGCAGCUGCUCUUGUUAUUGGUACUAGUAUUGGUUCUGGGAUUCUUGCACUUCCACAGAAAGCCUCCCCUGCUGGGUUUAUUCCAAGUUCUACUUCAGUAAUAGUAUGUUGGAUUUUUCUCCUCAUUGAAGCCUUUUUGCUAGUUGAAAUUAAUGUGGGUUUGAUGAGAAAGAAUGAAGGGAAAGAGAAAGACAAUGAGUUAAAGCUUGUUUCUAUCAGAACCAUGGCCCAAGAAACACUAGGAGACUGGGGUGGGACAUUAGCUAGUGUUGUUUAUAUUUUCUUGGGCUAUAGUUCCAUGGUUGCAUAUAUUUCCAAGUCAGGGGAGAUCCUUUUCCAAUUGAUUAAUCUCCCAGCUCCAGUUUCAGGCUGUCUUUUCACUAUGCUCUUCACAAUACUUGUGUCAAUUUGGGGAACUAGUGCCACUGAUCAAGUCAACCAGUUUCUAACCGCUUCCAUGAUUGGUUUAUUAUUGGCUAUUGAAGUGCUAGCUGUGGUGUUUGGGGGAUGGUCAGGAGUUGGGGGCAUUAGUGAUUGGACAAAAGUGCCAUCAACAAUUCCUGUGAUUAUUUUUUCCUUAGUGUUUCAUGAUCUAGCACCAUUUCUUUGUGCUUAUUUGGAUGGUGACCUUCGUCGUAUAAAAGCCUCAAUUUUUCUUGGUAGUCUUGUGCCACUGGCAGCAUUGCUUGUCUGGGCUGCAAUUGCACUUGGUCUUGCAUCUGAAGCAGAACAAGUUGUUGAUCCGGUGAAGUUGUUAUCUGGGUUGAGAUGGAGUGGUGUUUCACUUAUGGUUGGUGCCUUCUCACUUUUAGCAGUAGGCACAUCACUUAUUGGUACCCUCCUAAGCUUCUCAGAGUUUUUCAAGGAGCAACUAAAAAAUGAAACCUGGCGAUUCCCUUCAACACAAAAGGUAAAGGGAAAUUGGUGGGACAUGAAUAGAAUGAAUGUCACAGCUGUGACAGUGGUAGUUGCUCCUUCUCUCUUUGUCUCAACAGCAUUUCCAGAUGCAUUCUCUGCUGCCACUGAUAUUGCUGGGGGUUACUGCAUGACAGUGCUCUAUGGAGUUCUCCCACCAGCAAUGGUAUGGGAAAUGCAGAAGAGGGAAGCUGAGCCUUCUGGACAAAAGGAAUUCUUAAGUGCAAGACCAGCACUUAUUGUGAUUGAACUAUUUGCAUGUGCUAUCGUGUUGGAGCAAUUCCUGCAAGAUAUACUAGCACUGCAAUCAUAACUAUACCUUUUUCUUUUUUAAUCACCAAUAAAAAUCAUCAGCCAAAAAUGGUAACUUUAGUUGAACUUCUCUACCAUGCUGAUUAGAAUUUAAUCUACAACAACUAUAUUAGAAGUUGAACUUUACAUAUAUUAAUGUGUCAAUAUGUUUGAAAUGUACAUAUCUUAAUGUUUCAUCUUGUGACAAUUAAACAUGUCAAAGGAGAAUAAUCACAUUUUAUCUUUCUAUUACAUUUGUCCUAUAGAUUAAUUUUGUGUUUUGGUCUUUCGUCCUACUUUGUCUCCCCUGGUUGCUAUUUAUGGCAAAUUCACCAUUGCAGCAAAACAAUAUUGUAUCUCACCUUGGGAUGAGACAUUGUACCACUAGCUCCAACUAUGAAUAUAGUGUGAUUUGCUUAAAUAUAGUGUGAUUUGUUUUUCUUGAUUUAUUAGAUUUUUUAUUUUCCUUUAUCACUGUACCUCAAGCUCCGGCUAUUUAACUUUUUGUGUACUAGUGUUUGUCAUGUGAGACAAAGUAAAGCAAGAAUAAACCAAGAAUAUUCAGCCUAUAAUGCCAAAUGUGAAAUAAGCUUUACUUGGGAUUCAAUUCCAAACUAACACCCAGAUGGUGAAAUUCCAACAAAAUAGAGAAUACUUAUUGGUGCAGGUGUGUGGUAACUGGUAAGUGUGUGGUUGAGAUCAUCAAGAAUUUUAGGGAUUAGGAAAUGCUUGAAGCAAUGGCAGGGAUGGCAGAGUGAAGAGCACGACGGUGAGUAGUUCUUUGAAGUAGUUUUCUUGGCUGCCAACAUAACUUCUGUUUCAAUAAAAUUUCAAAGGUAACUACUGUCUUUGUUAUUAAAAAUGUAUAACGUAGAAAAAAAACCUCCGGAGAGCAGCAAUGCUCACUCCUUGGUAUGCAUGGCUGGCUACUAUCGCAAGCGGGUUCGGGUUAUGCCAGCAUAACCCCAUGAGCACCAGAGGAUCUCACUAGGGGUUCGAACUCUGAACUUAUGAAUAGGGAGGUGAGAGUCAAAACCGGAAUAUGUCCAUUCUAAACCAAGUUGGCAAGACAUAUCUAUUUAUACAAGAAAUUCUUACAUCCUGAAUAAAAAUUUACUUCAUGAGA